UUACAUGUAAAUGAAAUGCAAAUUGGCAGCUGUUGGUUGAGAGCCCUGCCCCCGGCCAGUUUUCGAUCUAGACAGUGGAGUGAACAUUGUUUCCGAUCCAUUGGCUGCUCUGAGUCUCAAAAGGGAACAUUCCUGGUCUCAGAGAGAAAAAUGAGAACCCAUCAGGUGCUCGCCUUUCUCCUGCUCUUGGUGAUUGCCUCUGUGGCCUCUGAAAACGCCAGCACAUCCCGCGGUUGCGGGCUAGACCUCCUCCCUCAGUACGUGUCUCUGUGCGACCUGGACGCCAUUUGGGGCAUCGUGGUGGAGGCGGUGGCCGGGGCAGGUGCCCUGAUUACACUGCUCUUGAUGCUCAUACUCCUGGUGCGGCUGCCCUACAUCAAAGACAAAGAGAAGAGGAAGCCUGUGUGCCUCUACUUCCUCUUCCUCUUGGGGACCCUGGGCCUUUUUGGGUUGACGUUCGCCUUCAUCAUCCGGAUAGAUGAGACUAUCUGCUCAAUACGCCGCUUCCUCUGGGGUGUCCUCUUCGCACUUUGCUUUGCCUGUCUGCUGAGCCAGGCGUGGCGUGUGCGGAGGCUGGUGUGUCAGGGCACAAGCCCGGCAGGCUGGCAGAUGGUGGGCCUGGCAUUGUGCCUGAUGCUGGUACAGGUCAUCAUUGCCACUGAGUGGCUGGUGCUGACAGUGCUGCGUGACACGAAGCCAGCUUGCGCCUACGAGCCCAUGGACUUCGUGAUGGCCCUCAUUUACGACAUGGUACUGCUCGUGAUCACCCUGGGGCAGGCCCUCUUCACACUCUGUGGCAAGUUCAAGAGGUGGAAGCUGAAUGGGGCCCUUAUUCUGAUCACGACCUUCCUCUCUCUGCUUAUUUGGGUGGCCUGGAUCACCAUGUACCUCUUCGGCAAUGCCAUGUUAAACCACAGAGAUGCCUGGAGUGACCCUACUUUGGCCAUCACACUGGCAGCCAGUGGAUGGGUCUUCAUCGUCUUUCACGCCAUUCCCGAGAUCCACUGCGCUCUCCUUCCGCCCCUGCAGGAAAACCCACCUAACUACUUCGACACAUCGCAGCCAAGGAUGCGGGAGACAGCAUUUGAGGAAGAUGUGCACCUGCCACGUACCUACAUGGAGAACCAGGCCUUCUCGAUGGAUGAGCACAGUGCAGCUCUCCGGACAGCAGGAUUUUCCAACGGCAGCUUAGGAAAAAGAUCCAGUGGCAGCUUGGGGAAGAAACCCAGUGGUGGCUUGGGAAACAGACCCAGCGCUCCGUUUAGAAGCAAUGUGUAUCAGCCAACCGAGAUGGCCGUUGUGCUCAAUGGUGGGACUAUCCCAACUGCUCCGCCAACUCACACUGGAAGACACCUCUGGUGAACAACUUUAAAUUUCAGAGAAUAAGACUCUCUCUUACCAAUUCCAUUCCCUGGCUGUGUCUUUCUUGAGGGAGAAAUCAGUAACAGUAGCCGAGCAAGGCCGCCUCACAGCCAGGAGAGUUGGAAAUCCCGGCCGAGGGACUUUUGUGUAAAUGUGAACACUGAUGAACUGAAAAGCUAACACCGACUGCCCUCCCCUGCCCUCCUCUGCCACACACACACACACAGACACACAGACACAGACACCUAAUGCCACACAAACCUUGGUCCCUGCAAACUAAAACAGAGCUCAUUGCAAAUAGUAUUAGGCUCACGGGCAAAUGUGGCUGGGGAGACUGUAUCAUCCUCUGGGGGUAGAACAGAAUUGAAUUCACAGCCUAUGGCCUGGCUGAUGCUGGCCAUAUAGAGGGUGGGGGACAGCCCAUCACCCUCCCCAGCAAGUGCCAGAUCCAGGCCAUCUCUUGGAGAUGACUGUGUUAUUGAGGAUGACUAGUAGAAGCUUUUCCUGGCUUGCCUGGUGGUUUGCACAUUUCAGAGGAGUUAAGAAGCUGUGGGUGUGAUUCUAAGGUAAAUCGUGGGGGCAGCUUUAUAGCCAGAAGUGGUAUAGGAACCUGGCAUGUGCCAAAGAGGAGAGACCCUCUGGGUAUUGAAGUGACCAUCAUCUUGUUCUAGCACCUAUGACAAGAAAGCCAUCCUGCCCCCUUCUCUGUGGAGCCCCAGAAAUAGUCAAGCAUUGUGGUGCCACAGUCCCUCCGGCUUCUUGCACUUACAGGGGUCCCUUUCCCAGUUCUAUCUGCUGGUUUGUUCGAAAAGCUCAAAUGGAGCCAUGGGCUGGAAGCCCCUCCACGAGCCAGACUGGAAGGCCAGUGCCAUAGCAGAUUUCCAUGAUGAUGUCACACAGCAGGGCUCCCCUGUAGGAUGGAGAGAUGAUGUCCUUCUGCCUACAAGCAGUGACGUAUUAGAUCUUUUCUGUGGAUCAGGGGAAAGUUCCCAGACGGAGUGAAUCCCAUGAGGGUUUCUUGCUGCUUUAGGAGAAAGUGGGGGACAUUUUUCUCUUGCUUUUCUGCAAGUCUCAUGAAAAUGGCUCUCUUCAAAGCCCAUGUUUCUGUCAUGGUUUCCAUCUGUCCUAAGCAAGUCAUUCCUUUGUUACUUGGCAUUUCCACAUCCCAACCAUUAAAAGCCCCCAUGUUCUCUGCACUGUUUGGCCAACAUAAUUGCUAGCAACAAGUCAGAGCAAAGAGUUUUAACCUGACACGUGGAAUGUAUCAACAAGGGUGGUACCUUUUGCAUAGACUCUAAUCACCACAUUGCUUUUUCUAUAAAACUACCCAUAAGCCUUUAACCUUUAAAGAAAAUGAAAAAGGUUAGUGUUGGGGGUGGGGGUGGGGGUGAGGGUGGAGAUGGGGGUAACGACCUCUUCAUAAGCCAGUACUUCUGAGCCGAGUAUGUUUUAAUAAACCUGAUUUGUCUUGAGGCCCUAGUCUCUGCUGUGUCCCCUCCCGACCCCCUACCUGUCCUUACAGAGCACUGGGGAGGUGAGGCUGGCUAUCUGACCACCCCUGUGUGUAAAUUUCCCUUAUAGCUCUUGCAUUUCCUUAUAUUACUAAGCAUGGAGACGAGAGCAUGGCACCAAAAUGUCCCCCAUCCUGAGCUUCCCAGAAGCACCAAACCCCCACUCCCUCAUAGCAUGUGCUUUGCUUCUAGAGAAUCAGAUCUGGUCCUCUCUGCUCAAGGACCACCAUUGGGUGGGUUGAAAACUUGGGAGUCUUGGGGAGGGAAGCAGCCAAGGCCUGGGGCGGGGCUAAGGCGGCUGCAUGCAGACCCAGCAUUCUGCAAAUAAAGUCUCUGAAUCCCUUGGUCCAGUCUGCCAGAAAAACCACAGCAUUGCACAUUCUCAUACCAGGAAAUGGUUGCUCACCCCUGCUCUCUGGAGUCCUUUGGAGCUUUCUGAUACCAUCAGUGACUCGAUCUGCAAAAGCCCCCCUUGCAGAAGGGAGGAGUUCACACGAUUGAUUGGGUCUCUCUAAGUUCUUUGUUGUCCACAUGUAUAAGGUGAGCACCAUCUAUAUAAAUGGCUACCGGUGAAAAGGAGCAUUUCCACACCAUAAAAACAGAACCAUCUUUGAGCCAUGGGAAACCUCUCUUAUAAUGAUGAGACCACUUCUAUUUCUUUUUUUUGCUUUUAAAUCUCUGGUAGGUUAGUGCUUCUGGGUUUUGUUUUCUUUUGGCUUUAAGUUUCAGGGUGGGCUAUAUGUUCUCAUGAUGGGGGCCAAGGUGGGAACGGAGGGAAAUCUGCUAUUUUUCUAAUGGGUUCACUCGAAGCACUAAGAGGAGGCUUCACCCAGAGACUGUGGCAUCCAGCUUCCUAUGGAACAAGGUUUAAAUACGGAAUUGAACAGUACCUCUAUUUCAGAUCUGUGUAUGUAAACAAGGCUUACUUGGGGAAAAUGACCUGGAAGGACAGCAUCUGUGAAUAAUCCCUCACUGUAAGCACAAACUUUUCCAUGUCUUGUUAGUAGCAUUGCUUUGGGACUAUAACAACCACUCUCGUUGCCUCUUUUAAUAGAAACAUUUUCCAGCCUGGGUAUCUCCACUGGACAUAGAGGGUGGGAGGUGAGGAACUGAGUUCCAAGAACUUACAAACUGGGGAGCCCUGUCCAUCUCAAGUGUUUCCAGGAUUAAGAGCUAGCUGUUGGAAACUGUGUGUCCAGUGGUUGUUUUGUUUUUUGUUUUGUUUUGUUUUAGCACAGAUGUAUGGGGUCAGGGUCCCUGAACAAGUGCAGGCUGGGGGUGGUCCUCUGGGUUACUGCAGGCUGAGUUGAACACUUUGGGUUGAAACCUAAACUAAAAGAGGGCAUAGUGGCUUUUAUAAUCCAAGGGUUCAGUGAUCAUACCAGCUUUGGGGAGUUCUCAGCAGGUGCUUUUUAUUAAUUGAUACAGAGCUAAGGCUCGUUUUUGAUAGAUAAUAUAUAUUUAUUAAAUGUAUUAAUGUGUGUUUUAUAAUGUACCUUUAUCUUCCCCUGGCUGACUUGCAUACUUAAAAAAAAUCAUUCAGAAAUUUCAAGACAAUCAAUGCAUACCGUACAUGACUGUAUAUAAAUAUUACAAAUUUGAAAGGUUGUUAAGCAUGAGCAGAUAGGUUUAUUUUCAAAAUGCUGUUCUUAACACAAGAAAUAAAGGCUUUACUAUUUACUUAA